AUGGCGGCGGCGGCCACCGAGAGACCAGCGGGGGCCCUCUUCUACGGCGCCGGCGGCAUCGCGCUCGCCGCCGCGCGCGGAGACGAGGAGGAGGGAGGCGUCUUUGGCGGCGGCUUCCCUGCAGCGCGGCCGACCGUCGUCACCCAGCAGUUCUUCCCGACGACGACGGUGACCCAGCAACGGCAGCGGGCGGUGGAGCAGCGGCAGCUGGCGGUGGAGCGGUGCGUCCUGGCUGGCGCGGCGGCGGCGGCGACCGGGGAUGGGCGGUGGUCCCGGCCGGCGUCGAGGGCGAAGAGCCGGCGCGGGCCGCGGUCCAGGAGCUCCCAGUACCGCGGCGUCACCUUCUACCGCCGCACCGGCCGCUGGGAGUCCCACAUUUGGGACUCUGGGAAGCAGGUUUACCUGGGUGGAUUCGACACGGCGCAGGCAGCUGCAAGGGCCUACGACCAGGCUGCGAUCAAGUUCCGAGGCGUUGACGCCGACAUCAACUUCAGCCUGGAUGACUACAAGGAGGAAAUCAAGAAGAUGAGCAGCUGCAGCAAGGAGGACUUCGUGCAGGUGCUGCGGAGGCAGGGCGCCGGCUUCGUCCGGGGCAGCUCCAGGUUCCGGGGCGUCACCCUGCACAAGUGCGGCAAGUGGGAGGCCAGGAUCGGCCAGCUCAUGGGCAAGAAGUUCGUCUACCUUGGCCUGUAUGACACGGAGAUGGAUGCUGCAAAGGCUUACGACAAGGCCGCGAUCGAAAGCUGCGGGGAGGAGGCGGUGACCAACUUGGAGGAGCCCAAGGCGGCGGCAUGCAGCGGCGAACUCAGCCUGCAAUCUUGGGAAAGCGAGCCUGAUCUUGAGCUCAGCCUGGGGUGCUCGGGGGGCGGUGCUGGAGGCGACGUCCUCCACUCAGCCGCACUAGGCAACCGGAGAACGAGCCUGACGUUGGAGAUGCCUGAGGAGGUCGGCACGACGGCGUGGUGCUCCGGCAGGAACAGGAGCAUCUGGAUCAGGCCUUCGUCAAGGCCGACAACGCCGCCGAACCCCGCGCUCGGGUACCCAGACUGCGGCGAUCACCGCCCCAGCACAGGCAGCAGCACCACCACCAUGCUCCAGAUGGGCCAGAUCAGCGGAGGCGGCAGGGCAGAGCUACAGCAACAGAUGCCCGGGUGGCCCACCGGCGGCGGCAAUCAUUGGCUGCCGUACGCCGCCGCCGCAGCAGCAUCAUCAGGAUUCCCGCCGGCCCCGGAGCUGGGAUGUGGCCUAGGCGCCGAGCAGCUGAACCACCACCGGCUGGACAGAAGGGAGCAGCAGUGGCGCUGA